GACGUGAAUAAAAUUUUUCAAACCAUUCUUUAAAAACAAGAAAAUGAGAUACUUACUAGCAACAAUUUGCGCUUCUUUGGUAGCCAUCAGCUUCGGGGCAAAAUUACCCACUGGUUUUAAAAAAUGUAACCUAAAACAAAUCUCGUCCCACCAAUGUUUGCCGAACGCUAUUGAAAGCGCGAUAAAGCAGAUGAAUCGCCCCUCAAAAAAAUUGGGCUUAGUGAGUAUGGAACCUUUGGUAAUACCAUUGAUGAUUAUGGACGCUGGUAAUCAGUUCGUGACUGCUCAGCAUACUUACAAAAAUAUGAGAGUGUCUGGUUUUAAUGAAACUACUUGUUCCAAAGCUGAGUUUAAUUACACGGAGAAGACGUUAAACCUGGAAUGCGUCGUCCCACAUUUCCGCAUGGACUUCAAUUAUGAAGGUCGUGGGCAAAUUAUGAUGAUAUCGGCUUACGGAAACGGAACGGGAUGGUUUCUUUUGAGCGAUAAUCAGCUUGGGCUUACUUUUAAGUUUGGAGAAUAUGAAAAGAAAGGUAAAACAUAUUUUAAUAUCAUCCAUCAGGAACUGAGGAUGCAGCCCAAGGAUUUUGACUUUGAUCUUCAAAAUAUGUUUGAUGGGGAUGAACAAUCAGCUGAUCGUCUAAAACAAGUAUUGAAAGAAAAUGCACGAGAAUUAUACGAAGAUGUUAGACCUGGGUAUGAGGAAGCUUUCGGAAAAGUGUUUGCUUCCAUUUUUGAAAAGAUUUUGGGGAGAGUGCCUAUUGUAGAUAUCUUUGGUUAAAAAAAUCUGUUAAAAAGUAAUAAAAAAUACAAAGUUAUUA